AUGCCGGGUGACUUGUUCUUGCCAAUCACAUACGGGUACCUGCGCGCAGGUCCUAAGGACUACGACUUGUUGGAGGACGCAGCAACCAGUAUCGGGUCCACCACACUGGGCACUCUACCGACCUCGUCACCACCCUUGCCUGCUAUGCUCACUCCUACAAGCUUGUAUCGUGCGGACCCGUACACAUUGUAUUGCGAGGGCAUCGCUUGGGCGGUGAACAUGACGGGCAGGUUCAUGGAGGGCAGCGGAUACGCAUGCACAAUCGCCAACUCCUCGAGCCCUCCAGGCCAAUCGAAGCCCACACGAUCUGUGCACUCGACGCCGCAGCAGCCUGGCGCAUCCAAGGUCUCAUGCGCCACUUCCGCCCGCUCAUCGAGGACCGUAUUUCCCAGUUCCGCGCCACCAACGGCGGUCCGGUGA